AUGGCGAUGGUGCUGAAUGCAUUCGCGUCCUACCUGGUGGACAUGCUCACGCAGGUGGCAGCAGAUGAGGUAGGGGCGAUGCUCGAUGUCUCGGGUGAGAUCAACAAGAUGGGCGACAAGCUCCUAGACCUCAAGAACUUCCUGGCCGACGCCGACAGGAGGAAAAUCACCGACAAGACCGUCCAAGAGUGGGUGGGGCAGCUCAAGCAUGCCAUGUACGAAGCUACUGAUAUCCUCGACCUCUGCCAGCUCAAGGCCAUGGAGAGUGGAGGAUCAUCCUCGAUAGAUGCAGGGUGUUGCAAUCCCUUGCUCUUCUGUAUGCGGAACCCCUUCCAUGCUCAUGAGACCAGCAUCCGCAUCAAGGCACUCAACCAGAGGCUCGACGCCAUCAAGCAACGAAGCGCCACUUUUGGCUUCAUCAAUCUCAUGUCCUAUGAGGAUCGUAGUGGCAAUGCCCUUGCCACGCACUAUGGUAAUCCAAGUCGGGAGACGGUAGGGGACUUUGACCGGUCGGCUUUGGUUGGGGACAAAAUCGAAGACGACACAAGAGCGUUGGUGACCCAUAUCAUGCAGACAGGAAAGGAGGUCAACGAUGGCAUCAUGGUGGUCGCCAUUGUAGGUGUCGGCGGGAUUGGCAAGACCACACUCGCUCAGAAGAUCUUCAAUGAUGAGGCAAUCGAAGGUGAGUUUAGCAAAAAGAUAUGGUUGAGCGUCAACCAAAACUUCAGUGAGGUUGAGCUGCUGAGAAGAGCCAUCAUCGAAGCCGGAGGAGACGCCCAACUAGCUGGAAAUGCAAAGGCCACACUUCACCGAAGCCUCAAGGAUGCCUUGAUUGGCCACAAGACCUUGUUGGUAAUGGAUGAUGUGUGGGACCAUGUAGCAUGGGAGGGUGUGCUCAAAGUUCCAUUCAAUGUUGCUGCUUCAGGCAGCCGAGUCAUCGUCACCACUAGGGAUGAAGGUGUUGCUCGAGGGAUGAUAGCUAGACGGCCCUACCACCAAGUCGACACAUUAUUGCCUGGAGAUGCUUGGUCAUUGCUCAAGAAGCAGGUACUCUCAGGUGAGAUAGAUGAAGAGCACAUCAAUACACUAACGGAUAUUGGAUUGGAAAUUAUACAAAUAUGUGGUUGUUUACCACUUGCUGUUAAAGUAAUGGGAGGUCUCUUGCGUGAAAGAGGGGGGCUCCGUCGUGAAUGGGAGCAGGUUUUGGAUGAUUCCAAAUGGUCAGUAACUAAAAUGCCCCAAGAGCUCAACCACACAGUAUACUUAAGCUAUGAAUAUAUGCCGCGUUAUUUGAAGCAGUGCUUUCUAUACUACUCACUUCUUCCUAAAAGUAAAGUUUUUCAUAUGGAUGAAGUCAUUGCGAUGUGGAUGAGUGAAGGAUUUAUUCAUGGAAACUCUAGUGAUUUAGAAGAAUUGGGAAAAAACUACUACAAGGAGUUGAUAUCUAGGAACCUUAUAGAGCUAGAUAAAUCAUAUGCUCAUAUAUGGGUUUGUAGCAUGCAUGAUGUUGUUCGCUCAUUUGCUUAG